AGUACUAGUGAUCUGAAUUCGUCUUCAAGUUAUCUGCAAAAUUACAUCACCAUUUCGGAUUACUACGCUGACCAGGGUUUCUGUUCCCUUAGGCAUUAACUCCGUACAGUGAGUCAGUCCAUCAGGUUGGGUUACAACAGAAAUGGGUUUGAAAAAAAAGGAAAUAUUUUACAGUCAAAUUAGAUUUCUCUACGGAGUAGCAUUCAUUUAUUUCUUCGUCUAUUUCCCAUUCCCGAAUGCUCCCUUUGCUUUUCUCCUCAAUUCUCUCCUCCUUCAACUGCAUUGGAUCACUUUUCUUGUUUACCCCAGGCUUUCCUUCUUUUGAAAUUUUAUUUUUUAUUUUUUUUACAUAUAAUCUAUAUAAUUGUACAGAUCAAAGAAGAAGGUCCAAAAAGAGAACGACGAAAAGACAGCCCCCAAAGAAUCGGAAGAACAGACCGUCGAACCUCCCUUCUUUUUUCCCCACCAGUCUUUCCCCUCACUAUUCUCAACUAGUCUCUUCUGUGCUUCCAAACACUUUCCUUCGUCUGCUCACCGUCUCGAUUUGUCCCUCGCCGUUGGUUCAUUGGUUGUAUGUUAUUGUGGCUUAAAUUUCCAACCCCAUAAAAACACUUUAUUUUUUUUUUUUUUACUUUU